GCAGCCACCCCCCUGUCCGGGGAACAGGUCCACGGUGAAAGGCUCCCUGUACCCCACACUCACCUGUGGUGGGACCAGCCCUCCAGCCAGGGUCAGAAGUGGCAGAAGGGGGUGGCAGGGGCUGCUCCCCCGUGGCUCUCAGCCGAUGACCUCCAGAAGAUGCGGCUGCUGGCUGGUGGGCGAGUGGUCUCCAAAGUCCGUAUCCCCGCCCACGGGCAAGUCCUGCGCGUGGGGCUGCGGGCCACGGAGGAUGCUGAGGGGGAUGUCUUGCCAGACAACCCAGAGCUGGACUGCCAGGAUGGGCGUUGUGGGCUCAUCAAGCGCUCUAGGGACCUCUAUGAGGUGCUGGCGUUCCACCUGGACAGGGUGCUGGGGCUGAACCGCAGCCUGCCUGCCGUGGCCCGGCGCUUCACCAGCCACCUCCUGCCCUACAGCUACACCAAUGGCUCCCUGCGACCCAUCAUCUGGUGGGCACCUGACCUCCAGCACUUGGAGGAUGCCAACAAUGACCAGAACUCCUGCACUCUGGGGUGGCUGCAAUACCAGGAGAUGCUGCAGUCCCACGGACCAGUGCCUGCCACUGGGGAUGUUCCCUGCUCCAGCAUCCCACGUGAUGAGUGGAGCCGCCUGGCACUCUUCGACUUUCUCCUCCAGGUUCAUGACCGCCUGGAUCGCUAUUGCUGUGGGUUUCAACCUGAUCCCUCCGAGCCCUGCAUGGAGGAAAUGCUCCAUGAGAAGUGCCAAAACCCGACAGAGCUGGUCCUGGUUCACAUCUUGGUCCGGAGGAGCGCUCCGUCCCGACUGGUGUUCAUUGACAACGCGGGCAGGCCACAGCACCCUGAAGAGCAGCUCAACUUCAGGCUCCUGCAAGGCAUAGACAGCUUCCCAGCAGCAGCAGUAUCCACACUGCAGUCAGGCAGGUUGCAGAGCCUGCUGCUGGAGUCACUGCACAUGGACCAGGAGCUCUGGGAAAGCCAGGGAGGUGCUGAGGGCCUGAAACCCCUGCUUCAGACCAUCGACAGGCGAGCACACAUCCUGCUGCAGUACAUCCAGGAGCACAACCUGAUGGUGUUUGAGGACUUUCUGCACUGAACUGAUCUCUGGUGGCAUGGAUGCACUGGAGGAGACAGGAUCACAAGGCAUAGGAAAAAGGAGGAGAAGACAUCUUCCGAAACAACCCACAACUGCUUGAGAAAGGCAACAGUUAUCCAGUAAUGUUUCCAGCAUGGAUUUUCAAAAGGAGGUGAACACCUAUCAGAUUUUGGGGUACUUUCAUUCCCCAACCCUUGCAACUUUGAAAACUGGAGGUUUAGAUAUUUGAACACCCUAUGGGGACCCUGGGAAGGGUUAAAGAAGUGGUGAGAGGCACUGCUCAGGUAUGAGGGAAGUCUCUGGCAACCUUUCUAUAACUUGUACUGGGCUUCUUGAUGAUGUCUUCACUAUUUCCAAGACAUCACAGACAGAGAGGCUGGAGUAGCCUCUCUGGGGGAAAGCAGAGGGGAGCUUUCUAAGUGGAUUAAGCAGAGACAAGUAAUGUGAGCU